CCAACUGUACCCGAUAUGUCUACUCCAGUUUCUCAGCUGGAUACGCAGUUUACAGACACACAGAACAAAACACCUACAACCUCAGUGGGUAAACAUGGUGACGGUGGCAAGAACAUGCCGACCAAUACAAACGUCACUCCUAAAGCAACACCACACAUGGAUCCUGACGCGCCGAUAUUUGAUGCGACUCCGCAAAUCAAGUCUACUGGCGGCGUACAACAAGUGGCAGAAACAGACUUGCCUGACAGUGGUCCAUGCUUUGAUCAGACUCCAUCUGAACAUGUUUAUGUUGAAACCGAUCCAGCUACAAACACUCCACAGGUUGGCCAGACUUCUCUUGAUUCGGAGAUGCAAACUGUGUUAGCUCUACGCGAAUAUUUGUGUGGUCUGCAAUCUGACACCGGCAGGACCAUAAUAGAUUAUGGUGAAUAUUCAGCGACAUGUUCUGACAUAUAUGAAUCUUUUGCCGAUGGGAAGUGUCUCGACAAUGGAUUCAUGCAGUGUUUCAUCCAAUGUGUUAUUCAUGAUGCAAAAAAUCAGCAGACUUCCAUGGGUUCGAACAGUUUGGUUCUUGAUGUUAAUGUUGGGUCAAUACUCAACUUUGAGGAACAGGAACGACACAGUCGCAAUCCUCAACCUUUUGAUGAAUCUGUACUUCACACACUUCUAGACAAUUCAUUGCCUGAGACAGAUGAGUUGGACCAAUGCAAAGCGAUCAUGGUCCCCAUGGUAAGCAGGGGGCAUUGGACAUUGUAUGUUGUCAACAAGGUCAAGAAGUGGCAGAAAGUUACCCUGGGCUAA